AAAAAAUCGUACCGCAAAACCACAGGGAAACGAAGCUAGGGUUUAUCUCUCUCAAUCAAAAUCGAACUCCAUUUUCCGCUCAAAUUUUCAUCUCAGGCGAAAAUGGAGCAAGAACCAGCAAUGGAGCAGGAAUCAACAACACUCGGAAAACGAAGUGAACCGGAACCGGUUUCCACCGCCGACGGCGGCGACACUUCUUCACAACCAAAAAAAUGCCGCAGUUCAGAAUGCACCUGCGUUCACGAAGUAGCAGUUCCAAUCAAUUACACCUCAACGAAAGACGAAUCACUUCACGGAACACUAUCCAACCCCCUCCACAACGGUACCAUGGCUAAAACCUAUCCUUUCACACUUGAUCCAUUUCAACAAGUAUCAAUUGCAUGUCUCGAACGAAACGAAUCUGUUUUAGUCUCCGCGCAUACUUCCGCCGGAAAAACCGCAAUUGCAGAAUACGCAAUUGCAAUGUCCUUUAGAGAUAAGCAGAGAGUAAUUUAUACCUCACCAUUGAAAGCUCUAAGUAAUCAGAAAUAUAGAGAAUUGAGUCAGGAAUUUACAGAUGUAGGGUUGAUGACUGGUGAUGUCACGCUUUCUCCGAAUGCCACGUGUCUUGUUAUGACUACGGAGAUUCUUCGGGGAAUGUUGUAUCGUGGUUCUGAAGUUUUGAAGGAAGUUGCUUGGGUCAUAUUUGAUGAAAUUCAUUAUAUGAAGGAUCGUGAAAGGGGUGUUGUAUGGGAAGAAAGCAUUAUAUUUUUACCACCUGCUAUUAAGAUGGUUUUUCUUUCGGCCACUAUGUCCAAUGCCACAGAGUUUGCGGAGUGGAUUUGUAAUAUACAUAAACAACCCUGUCACGUAGUUUACACUGAUUUUAGACCGACACCAUUGCAGCAUUAUGUUUUUCCUAUUGGUGGGAGUGGAUUGUAUUUGGUUGUUGAUGAGAAUGAACAGUUUAGAGAAGAUAAUUUUCUUAAGGUGGAGGAUACUUUUGUUAAGCAGAAACUUGGUGAAGGGAAGGGUGGUAAAACGAAUGGAAGAUUUGGAAAAGGUGGUUCUGCUUCUGGUGGGUCUGAUAUAUACAAGAUUGUUAAGAUGAUCAUGGAAAGGAAAUUCCAACCUGUUAUCAUCUUUAGCUUCAGUAGGAGAGAGUGUGAGCAGCAUGCAAUGUCUAUGUCUAAACUUGACUUCAAUUCCCAAGAGGAAAAGGAUACAGUGGAACACGUUUUUCAGAAUGCAAUGCUCUGCUUGAAUGAAGAAGACCGAAGCUUACCUGCUAUCGAGUUGAUGUUGCCACUUCUUCAGCGAGGAAUUGCUGUUCAUCAUUCUGGCCUUCUUCCUGUCAUCAAAGAAUUGGUUGAGCUUCUUUUUCAGGAAGGUCUUGUAAAGGCCCUCUUUGCUACUGAGACAUUUGCAAUGGGUUUAAAUAUGCCGGCAAAAACUGUCGUAUUCACUGCUGUUAAGAAGUGGGAUGGUGAUAGUCACCGUUAUAUUGGAUCUGGUGAAUACAUACAGAUGAGUGGAAGGGCUGGGCGUCGUGGCAAAGAUGAGCGUGGGAUCUGUAUCAUAAUGAUUGAUGAGCAGAUGGAAAUGAAUAACCUCAAAGACAUGGUUCUGGGUAAACCUGCUCCUUUAGUUAGUACAUUCAGGCUUAGCUACUACUCAAUUUUAAAUUUGAUGAGCCGAGCAGAAGGCCAGUUCACUGCGGAACAUGUGAUAAGAAAUUCAUUUCAUCAAUUUCAAUAUGAAAAGACCUUACCUGAUGUGGGAAAAAGGGUGUCUAUGCUGGAGCAGGAAGUAGCCUUGCUUGAUGCUGCAGGGGAGGCUGAAGUAUCGGAAUAUCAUAAGCUGAAAUUGGACUUAGCUCAGCUUGAGAAGAAGAUGAUGUCACAAAUAAUUAGACCUGAAAUGAUUCUUUAUUUUCUUGUCCCUGGUCGACUGAUUAAAGUAAGAGAAGGUGGGACAGAUUGGGGCUGGGGUGUUGUAGUCAAUGUUGUUAAGAAACCUGUUGGUGGUUAUAUAGUUGACACUUUACUUCAUUGUUCACCUGGUUCAAACGAAAACAGUAUACGACCAAAACCAUGUCCACCCCGCCCUGGAGAGAAAGGUGAAAUGCAUGUGGUCCCUGUUCAAUUACCAUUAAUCUCUGCCCUUAGUAAACUAAGGAUAUAUGUACCUCCUGAUCUCCGGCCCUUGGAAGCUCGGCAAAGCAUACUCCUUGCUGUUCAGGAGCUGGGCAAUCGUUUUCCUCAAGGUCUUCCAAAGCUUAACCCUGUAAAGGACAUGGAUGUUCGAGAUUCAGAGAUAGUUGAACUUGUCAAUCAAAUAGAGGAACUUGAGAAAAAGUUGUUUGAUCAUCCUAUGCAUAAGAUUCAAGAUGUGGAUCAAAUUAAGUGCUUUGAGAGGAAAGCUGAAGUGAAUCAUGAAAUUCAACAACUGAAGGCAAAAAUGCGGGACUCCCAGCUGCAAAAAUUUCGGGAAGAACUUAAAAAUCGCUCGCGAGUCUUAAAGAAGCUUGGUCAUAUUGAUUCUGAUAGUGUAGUUCAAUUGAAAGGAAGGGCAGCCUGCUUGAUUGACACAGGCGAUGAACUCCUUGUCACCGAAUUAAUGUUUAAUGGCACUUUUAAUGAUCUUGACCAUCAUCAAGUUGCUGCCCUUGCAAGUUGUUUUAUACCAAUAGAGAAAUCGUCUGAGCAGAUACAACUGAGAUCAGAGCUUGCGAGACCUCUACAACAGCUUCAAGACAGUGCAAGAAGGAUAGCAGAGAUAGAGCACGAAUGCAAAUUGGAGGUAAAUGUGAAUGAGUAUGUCGAAUCAACAGUAAGGCCAUUCUUGAUGGAUGUAAUAUACUCUUGGUCAAAGGGAUCAAGUUUUGCUGAUGUUACUCAAAUGACUGACAUCUUCGAGGGGAGUAUCAUUAGGGCAGCUAGAAGGCUUGAUGAGUUUUUGAAUCAGUUGCGUGCUGCUGCUGAUGCAGUUGGAGAAGCUGACUUGGAGAAGAAAUUUGCAGCAGCGAGUGAAAGCCUUCGACGGGGUAUUAUUUUUGCAAAUUCUCUGUAUCUGUGACUUGUUCUCCUGCAGACUAUUCGGAAUAUUCUUGGUUACUCUGGCUGGUGGGGCGGCUUCUACCUUCACAUCCCAUCUGAUGCGCUCAAUUCCUCUUCGGGUUCUCUUGUAAUGGUAUGUGCAAUGGAGAAAAUUGUUGUGGCAUAACAUCUACAAAUUGAAGCUUCUAGUUUUCACGGUGAAAACUGCAUUGGAACGUGAAAAAAGGUUGGCCAUCGCUGAUCCAAACCACCUCUAAAUAUUUUUGUACAAUUUAUAUUCUUGCAGUAUGGGAGUUGUUGUAUACUGUAGAAUCAUUAGGUCCGUUAAUUAAUUCAGACAGGUGGCAUAUUUCUCCUAUACGUCUACCUUCAGAACCCUUUGUCUGCAUUGGGGCUUGAGGAGUGGGGUAGCAAUGAAAUUACUGUAAAAGGUAGUCGUUAAUUUGCAGUUGAGUCGCUCUGCCUUGAACAUUUCCAAAGCAAAUUUUGUUCUGCUGUUAUUUAUUUUAGUUAUCAUUUGAAUGAUUGGUUUUGUUGAACUUAGAAUAGUGAUGCCAAUGGGAUUCAGAGGCAUGGUAAAAAUUAGCAUUAUGACUGAGUUAUGAGUAUAUGAUAUGAUAACAUGCA